UGAGACUCGAGCGCACCGGGCACGAGAGUUCCUCACCGUUUUCGGCUUCUCUAUCAUUUUCAAAGUAGCCACGAUCGCGACCGCACGGCUUUAGCUGGCUCUUGUGUCGCCAAAGUGUUUCUUACGCUGACUGUUUUCCUCUCAAGAAGUUCCCCAAAUCGCGCCCAAAUCGGUGAUAGUGCGGCCUUCCUGGGAAUUUAUGUGCGCUCAGUGUGUUGUUCUCGCCAGCUCUGAUAUAUGCACGGACAUCUCAAUUGAAUAGAAGACAUCCAAAGUGGCUCUUUUUGUGGGACUCUGAGAAUUUACUUAACGUGGGCACAAUAUUGUAUCGAAAAAUAAAACAAGUGUGGCGUGUCACAGAGAGUGAAUGAUGUAUUGGAGUGGUGGUGUAAUUUAUUAGCAGAUUAUUAGUAAAACUAUCAGAAGUACAUCGGAAAAGCGACACGUGCGUUUGAGGGAAUAAAUGGUGUGUGAAAAGUCAUACAAUCAGUAACUUAAUAGUUGGUUGAAAAGUGCGCGCAAAAGGAGAAAAACAGCAAGAGACCCCAUAAAAUAUAAUAUUUAAUAAAUUAAGUGUGUGAGUUGUAAUUUAUAUAUUGCUAAAAUGAUCAUAACACAUCAAAUUGUUUCUAUGCUCUCGACAUUCGUGGCCUUCGCAACAUUCAUCGGAAGCACAUGCGGCAUCAGAGUGGACUGGAACACAAACAAGGGACCCAUUGUGCCGCCAACAUCAACAAAACCUCCGAUUCCGAAGCUGCCGUAUCGCGAUCCGGCGCCCGUUUGGGAGGAUCAGUCCAAUGACAUCCCCAAUCCGAACCCAUACGUAUAUGUCCUUCCGCCACCGUCUAGGCCGCGCUACAACAACAACACAGGCUUCCAGCAGAGGUCGACAGAGCGAACGCACACGACAAGAUCGCCCAACUACGGUUCCAUCGUGAGUCCAAACCAGAAUGAGAUCCCGCGUGAUGACCAGUAUGUUCGGCCCGUGGCCCAUCUGGCGGUGCAGUACGUGCCGAACGUGGGCAUGCAGUACUACGCAGUGAUCGCCUACAACCCAUACGCGAAGCAGUCGAAGAACGUCUACGACAAGCCCAAUGGGAAAUACAACGCCAAGCUGAAGAAGUACAAAGCCUACGAGGAGAAGGCGAAAUUCACACCUUAUCUCAUGUACAUUCCAGUGCCACCACCACAGCAAGUCCCUCCCUACGGCUUCGUGAGCCAGAAGGCGCAGGUGAGCAAGUCCUGAGAUUGCUGAAAAUUGACUGAUUGUUGGUUUUUGUGUGAAAUGCCGCGGAGCACAAAAGCCCAGCAAUCUGACCACUCUUUCACUUCGACUCUCCUCGCAUCGGCAGAGGAGGCGAGCAAAAAGUACAUGUAUUAUUAUUGAAAAUAUACUGUGUAAAUAAAAUUAUGAUGUAAAA